AUGUGGCGGCUUAACUAUGCCAUGUAUGGGGAUGUGUCCCUCGGGAGGUAUUUCUCCCCCGCAGAACGGCGAAUUCCGCUUUCGGCCAAUCUUCACUGCACACAUGUCUCUCGCAUUUUUAGAUAUGAGAACAGCAACAGCAACAGCAGUGAUAAUUACACUACUAGUACUAGUAAUACGGAUAAUAUUACCAGUCUCAACAGUGGCUCUAACUCGGAAUGUUGUUUUCUUACCGCGACUAGUCCUCCCCAUGGACGUUUGUUGGCACUCACGGUGAAGGGAUCAUAUGCAGAGAUGCGAGAGGCGCAGGUGCACACACACAAUCCAUCUCAGACAACACACCUGAAUGGAGAAGAGCCACGGCGGUGUCGUGUCUCUCGCAUUCCUGCAGAGAAGCCAUCUCUUCACAACACAGUGAAUGUGGAUACAGAAGAAGAAGAAGAAGAAGAAAACAAUAAUGAGGAUGAGUGUUUGGUUCCUCUAUAUACCACAGCAUGGCGGCAUGUGAGUUCCACACUGGUGCUCUCAGCGGAUGUGCACGAGCCAAUUCAUAGACUGCGGCACUACAGCAGAGAUGAAAGAACUCUCUCAGCACUCGCAGUGGACGCAGUGCAUCAACUCCACGUGGAACCGCUUGUUCAUAGUGAUGUAUUCGAGUUUGAUCGCGCCUCUGUGAAUGCCACGGCGAUGGAUUAUUGGGGUCCGAACAGUGUUGUGAUUGGAUUCUCCUCUGGUGAACUCUGUGUUCUUGAUUGGCGUGAUCCAAGUGGUGGAUUGCUGUUUCGUUCAUCUGCCUCAUCAUCAUUAUCAUCAUUGCAGAGAUCAAUUUCUUUGCGUCGUCGAUCUCCACCCGUUGGAGGUAUUAUGAGUUGUUGUGCUCUUGAAGAUAGUUUUCGUGUUGUGUGUGGAUUAGGUGAUAGUCACGGGACUGUUGUGGUGACGGAUCUGCGUAAAGGCGUUUCAGUCUCACGGGAUACAAUGAAACGCGGCCGAAAGUCAUUUGCAGAUGAAAUUCGAGAGGCGGUUGUGUCUGAACGAGUUUCUAUUCCCACAGGAUAUCCGGUGUGUGAUAUGAGACAUUGUCGUUUGGAGUUUGGGGUUAUUGGUAUGGUGGAUACUGGUGGAAUGAGUGUUCUCACAACUAUCGCAGAGCUAGAGUCUGGUACAUUGAAAAAUAAGCCAAAUAAUAAGAAUAAGAAUAAUAUUUAUAAUAAUAAUAAUAAUAAUAAUAAUAAUAUUAAUAUUAAUAAUAAUAAUAAUAAUAAUAAUAGUGAUAAUGAUAAUAUAUUAUCAUUAUUAAAUUCAGCAUCACCAGAGCGUAUGGUAUUUUCGGAAGAAACAGGCGGAGGACGGUCUGUCUUCUUGCACUUGUUGGAUCGACAACGCACUUCAAUUCCACAUCGACGAAAUUUACGCUGCGAUAUUUCCCCGGAUGGUUCUUUUCUGAUGAGUACAGGCGUGCGCUGCUGCGGUGCGGCCGUGAGAACGUGGGAUGGAAAGUUGACAGACCUCGAGUUUACUGGAGUGGAGGAUGAAGUGCCGUUCAGGGAAUAUUUAAAGUCUAUUUCCCUGAUGGAUUCAAUGCUUUGUGCAGAAACAGAGAAUGGAAAUGCUCUCUGUGCUGCUGUUCAUAUGUCUUAG